UUGUACCUGGCCAAUCUAGUUUUCAGUUACAUGUUUCGUCUGGUUUCCUGGGUGACGGUAAACGCAACAGGCUGGUUUGCUUCAUGGAGAAAACAGAGCGGUCAAAGACUAAACUGAUCAGUAACCAGCCGUACGACGAAAGCUUGGACGUGAACGAUUCGGAGGAAAUAGCAAGUGUUUACACUCCAACACCACGUCAGACAGCAUCCAGAUCAGCAACUAGAAUAAAAAACCGUAACGUUAUGGCUACCAACAGCAGUGAUGAAUUUGAGGAGGAUGGUAAGCAGAAAAAGAAGAGUGUUCAGGGAGGUCAGCAUGGUCUGAGUGAGAAUGAAGAAGAAGAUGAGGAUGACGAUGAUGAUUCAGAUGAGUCCGAAUCAGAUGAUGAGGAGGGAGAACAAGGGUCUGCUCCAGAAGGGGCGUACGAUCCAUCAGACUUUGACCAUUUGCCUGUCACAGCAGAGAUUAAAGAGCUUUUUCAGUACAUCACACGGUACACGCCACAGACUGUUGAGCUAGACCAUAAGCUUAAACCUUUCAUCCCUGACUUUAUCCCAGCAGUGGGGGACAUCGAUGCAUUCCUUAAAGUUCCUCGCCCAGAUGGGAAGCCAGAUAAUCUGGGCUUGCUUGUUCUGGAUGAGCCAUGCACCAAGCAGUCUGAUCCCACAGUGCUGUCCUUGUGGCUCUCUGAAAAUAGCAAACAACACAAUAUCACUGAACUGAAGGUGAAAAGUAUAGAAAACCCAGAGAAGAACCCUAAGGCUAUUGAGAAUUGGAUAGAAAGCAUAAGUGAGCUUCACCGCUCGAAACCUCCUGCUACCGUGCACUAUACCAGGCCAAUGCCGGAUAUUGACACACUGAUGCAGGAAUGGCCACCAGAAUUUGAAGAGCUUUUGGGAAAGGUGAACCUGCCAACAGCAGACAUUAACUGUGAUUUGGCUGACUAUAUUGACAUAAUUUGUGGUGUUCUGGACAUUCCUGUCUACAAAAGCAGAAUCCAGUCUCUCCAUGUAUUGUUUACACUUUACUCUGAAUUUAGGAACUCACAGCACUUCAAGGCCUUGGCUGAGGGACAGAAGACAGACACCCCGCUUGCUCCUCACACCGGCCCCACAGAAGCAGACACACUAACUCUUGAUUAAGCUCAGAAUAGGUGACCGGAUGAGUCCACCAGAUCCCAUUUCCUGUCUGAAAGGAGCGUUACCUGUACAGUCUAAGCUUUCCGUUUCUGUUUUUACCAUGUCUUACAUUUAAAGUGUGUAUAAAGAUGAUAUGAUACAUAGUAACAAAGUAAACCAUUAUAUUGUAUAUGUUAUAUGUGUUGUUAUUUUUCUAUGAUGUGGUUGUCAACAAAGGAUACCUUGAAUGGAGUAAUGGUCAUGAUGAAUAUUCAAUGAAUAAUUUGGACCUUGUAUAUACCUUCUAUUUGUGGUCUUUGAACCACAAAACACAAUGUGCCAUUGCAAAAACAACAGCCUUGUCUUAAACUCAGCGGCCCCUGACUGUUAAGGAAGACAUAUGGAAAACAUUCAGUAUGAUUUUCUUUUUUUUUUAUUUAUGUGUGAGGCCAUCACUCUUGGGCCCUACAAUUUGUCCAAUACACACAUAUUGUUUGCAUUUACAAAUUAAAUUACACCUUUUCAGACAA